AACGAUAAUGCAAAUAAAGGUACACGUAAUUCAUCGGGAGUGUUUUCUCCUCGAAACGCGAACACAAUCUGCGUUCCGUCGCCUCGUCGUAUCGGACACGAUCUUCCUCACCCCGGCCAGGGGGAACAGUCAGUCGCUAGAAUUCACAUCUAUCAACAGUUGUUGACUUUGCUCGAUAGCCCUCAGACAUACCGAAAUCACGCACGCUAAUUGAGUAAAUUCCAAAAUGCAAUUGUUUUUAUAGCGUGACGCGGAAUUUCCCACCGCUUUGUAGCUUUAGUGUCGACCUGUUCUGAGUCCAAACUUACUUUUUUUUGUGCUCUUCAAAGUGAUUUGUUUGAAGAUUAGCUUAGUCAAGUUUGUGCGUCAAGACAGAUAACUCGAUAAUUAGCACCUUUGCAUAGAAAUCAGACUGUCACUUUCUGUCAACUUUAUAAAGUACAAUGUCAGAUUCAGAAGAAAACCCUUUCAUAGAAGCUCUCGGGUCCGAAGCCCUGCGGGAACUCCUUCAGGACACCGAAAAGCGCGAGAUGGCAGAAAAGUUAACUGAAAAUUUGAAAUCUCUUUCCGGCAUGUUCACCACGCUGUCGGAUAGUGAAAAGAAAAUGUUUGCCACCGAAUUCAAAGGUCAAUUCGUGAAACAACUUCAAGCACUUCAGAACAUGGUCAAAGAACAGAAAGUGGUCAAAGCCAAUGAACAAGCUCAGCAGUCGAUUCCUCAGUUCGGAAGUACCGAUUCCUUCAAUGAAGAAGUUAACCUUUACAUAAUAAUCAGUUUUGGGGUGCUUAUUGUGCUUUUCAUAGUAUUUUUCGGAUACAAACUUUACCUCUCAUUGACUGAAAAAGAACGCAAACGGGAGGAGAAACUGAAGGCCAAACAGGCCAAAAAGAAGAAAUGAGUAGGAAUAACGAGCAGCUCUAGGGGAAAUUUUUCCGGAGGCAAAUCCACGCGUCAGCAACAGCACUAAAACAUUCCUCUCAACAAAAAAAAACUAAGACUCGUAGUUGGAUAACUGAUAUACAUAAACAUAUAUUCUAUAUUCAUAUUUGUAAGUGCUACAGAAAACAGGAGUGAAACUUUCAACAGCCAACAAAUCCCCGAAACGCACUUUCUGAAACGCAAUCAAAAGAGACUUUACACAAUUAUUACUAUUUUACUAUGUUACGUUUUAGUACUAUAAUAUAUAAUGACACAUUAACGGUUCUUCUUGUCGAAUUAUGUUGCCGAGUUGAUUCGCUCGCAAUUAAAUAUAGAUGAAUUUCCAAUCAAAAAUUCAUAUGAACUAAUGAAUGAACGUUGCCGCCAAAAUUGGUUGUCUAAGAAGUAUAACAGAUGUUUUACAUGCAAAAAUUUUCUAUUGAGCUUAUAAUUUCGUACUACUAUUUACAAAUCCAGUUGACAGAUUUUUUAUGUUUGCAUUGAUUAACUAGUGAAAUGUUGGUAAAAUAAAGGUCAAAAUAUUGUAA